AUGAAGGGGAGUCCAGAACUUGAAACCAUCAGAAGACGGAUGGACUGGAAUACUCUCCAGUCCAUCCACUUAGAGUUUCACAUUAAUAUUCAUAUCUUCACAUACGGUGUGUUUCUGUCCACAGUGGAUGUGACUCUAGAUCCUGAUACAGCACAUCCCAAACUCAUCCUGUCUGAAGAUGGGAAACAAGUUAUAUUUGGAGAUGUAUGGCAGGAUCUCGCUUACAAUCCAGAAAGGUUUGAUACUUGUGUCAGUGUCCUAGGAAAGGAGGGUUUCUCCUCAGGGAGAUUCUACUAUGAUGUUCAGGUGAAGGGGAAGACAAGGUGGACUAUAGGAGUGGCCAGAGAGUCCAUCAACAGGAAGGGGAAGAUUACAGUGAGCCCUGAAAAUGGAUACAGGACACUGUGGCUUAGAAAUGGAGAGUACAAGGCUCUCUCUGGCCCCUCUGUCCCCCUCUCCCUGAGAGAGAAGCCCCAGAAGGUGGGGGUGUUUGUGGAUUAUGAGGAGGGCCAUGUCUCCUUCUAUAAUGUGGAGGCCAGGUCUCAUAUCUACUCUUUCACUGGUGACACCUUCACUGAGAAACUUUAUCCAUAUUUUGUGUGGGUGUGGAUAGGUGUGUGUGUGUGUGUGUGUGUGUGUGUGUGUGCGUAUAUGUGUGCGUGUGCGAACAUGUGAGUUUGGGUACAUGUGUGUUUGUCUGCAAGUGCAUGAGUGUGUUACUCACAGUUUGAAUUAAUUAUAGCAUACCAACAGAGAGGGAAUUCCCACCUCGUAUCAUUUCUGCUGAAUGUCAUCCUAUGGUUUCCAUGUUGUCUACAUAUAGCCCUAUUAUACAGUAUGUAAUGUAUUGGCAUAUUCUGAACAUCAGUCUGGUCAUAAUAAACCUAUUUGAACUUAAUUGGCUUCAUUCAAACUUGAAAUAAAAUCUAAAUCAAACUUGUCAACAUAUAAAUGAC